UUAGACAGAAUUGUCUCUUCAAAGGAACCAACUUCUCAGCAUUGGCAGCUGGUAUUUACUGACCAAAAAUAAUUUGGAACACUUUUCCUUUGGUGAAGUCUCAAAGAAGAUGGCAGAGAAACAGAUCAGUUUGCCUGCAAAGCUCAUCAAUGGAGGAGCAGCUGGAAUCAUUGGAGUUACUUGUAUAUUUCCAAUUGACCUAAUUAAAACCAGGCUACAGAACCAGAGGACUGGGCAGCAAAUUUACAAAAGCAUGUUGGAUUGUCUAAUUAAAACACUACGUUCAGAAGGCUAUUUUGGAAUGUAUAGAGGUGCCGCUGUAAAUUUGACCCUUGUAACACCUGAGAAGGCAAUCAAACUGGCUGCUAAUGACUAUUUUAGGCAUCUCUUGGCCAAGGAUGGAAGGACCUUGUCUUUAGCUAAGGAGAUGAUGGCUGGCUGCGGCGCUGGAACCUGCCAAGUUAUCAUCACCACUCCUAUGGAGAUGCUGAAAAUCCAGCUUCAGGAUGCAGGGAGGCUAGCAUCGCAACCAUGUGUGAGCAGAGUUCACUGUUCAACUCCUGCAUGCAAGCUUGUAGGUGUGAGUCCUGUUCUGACCAGAGCAUACAACGUAGGACCUGCUGUUCUUCCAAGGAGGAUCUCUGCAACACAGAUAGCAGCUGAGCUUCUGCAUGCACAGGGCAUUAAAGGACUCUACAAGGGUCUUGGAGCCACCUUGCUGAGGGAUGUCCCAUUUUCCAUCAUCUACUUCCCCCUGUUUGCCCAUCUGAACAGAGCAAAACAGGAUUCCUUGGAGGAGAGGGCUCCUUUCAUUCGUUCUUUUCUAGCUGGCUGCAUGGCUGGCUCAGUGGCAGCUGUAUCAGUCAAUCCUUGUGAUGUAAUAAAAACUCGUCUUCAGUCAAUGGGCAAAGGAAGAAAUGAGGAGAAUUAUACUGGAAUUAGAGAUUGUGCAAGGAAGAUUUGGAUGAAUGAGGGUCCCUUAGCUUUUCUGAAGGGAGCUGGCUGCAGAGCACUGGUUAUUGCCCCUCUCUUUGGUAUAGCUCAAGGUAUUUAUUUUAUUGGUGUUGGAGAAUUUCUCAUUGAGCUGUACCAGUAUGGAGGACUUUCCCCCUAGACCUACCAUCUCAUUCCUUGGAUCUACUGGAAUAGAAUCCACAAGGACCAUCAGUGGACAACUCACAAGAAUGCAGCGGCAGCUUAGAUUGACUUACUGAUGUUUCUUCUUUUGGGGAACUUGGAGUCAAAGUCAAGGCCUAGUAACUGUUGCCAGGAUUCUGGAGGCUAUGUGGCUAGGUUGCAACAUGUGAUCUCUUGUAACUUUAAAGGUCAGUGUUGUGAUACCAAGGUCAGACACCUGUAUGAGUAAAAUUGUGUCUUUGGGAUUAGAAAGACAAGCCUCUGAGAAUGGAAUGACUCAGUUUCUUUUUAUUGAGCCAGGCCAGAGGAUAAUGUACUGAGAAAUGUUUAUAUAUGAAACAAAAAAUAUAUUUUUUAAAAAAAUAACGUCUGUGGGGCCAUGUUUUUUUUUUUUGAGAACUCAGCAAGGAAGUUGCACUUGGGAUUGUGUAGCUGUUAUUGACUGACCCCAGCUGCAAUAUUUCCAGCCACAAUGACAUGAGAUUCAACAAAAUUACUUUUGUUGUUAUCUCAGUCAGCAAAAGUAAACUGGGGAACAAAAAUAUGUAUGUUUUUAUACAUCUGUGUUUGUAACUUACAACUGUGUCUUAAAGUAAAGACUUUGGUUCCUGUGGCAACUGUUCUCUGCCUUUACAGAAGUGCCUUUACAGGCACUUGGAUAACCACUCUAGGUUGUGCAUGUAUCACUGUCAGUCCACAGAUUCUCAGGAGUGCUCUCCAAAAUCUACUACUGCUUCAGUUGAAGCUGAGGAAUAUGCCUUCUUGUUAACAAUGUGUUUUGUAGCCAGACUGCUAAGCACUUUAUCUAUGUUGUAUGAAGCUGUAUGCUAAGUGUACUGUUCAUAUCACUGGGCUUACCUGAGAGGCUGUCAUCAAGGUGGAGAGAGAAAGUUGUAUAUGUUCUUUACUGAGGAAGUAUAAGGUUGUCUCUAGACAUAUCACAAAUUCCAUGUACAUGGUGCAGAAGUUAUACACUUUACCCAGGCACAAUAAAAGAUUCACACCUGAGUAGUGACAAUGUGUGUGUGUGCUUGUAUUUAUUAAGUCCCUGCUGAAUGUCCUUUGUGAUCUAUGCUUAUUAAAGGUUUGGACUGGGCAUGCAUGGGAUGUGUUGAUUUCUCUAUAUUCAGUUCUUCUGUUACCUGAUAUUCUGAUGAAUACAUUGCUGUGUGGUCUAUGAACAUUGCUACCUGUCUGGGGGAUUGUAUCUAGUGACUGAGAUGCAUUCCUAGCCUAAUGUAACUGCUACAAGAUAUAUGUAACUACCUCGCUGUAAGAUAUAUGUAACCAGUCUGCUAUAUGUUAUCACUGCUAUUCUGGAAUAUUCUUUCCUUGAUCUUUGCUUUAUGGCUUCACAUGCCACGUAAAUAACCAGGCUUUCCCCUGACACUUUAGUCUAAUGGAAAACUGGGUUGUUUCCAUUGUCCUGUUGGAGUAGGGUGCCAGAUAGCUUUACCUCUGUCUAUUGCCGAGCCUGGGGAGCCUCUGCUCCAAAUUAACUCUUUCUCUAUAUUGAGAACAUUCCUUGGGGAAAUGGGAGGGGGAUCAACACUGUAAUAAAACAGGGUAGCAAAAGCCAGGUUCCCCAGAACUAGCUGGGUUCUUCAAUGCUGAUUAAUAAACGCUGCUGAUCAACAA